AUGGCCUCUCAGAACGUGGACCCGGCCGCUGCCGCUACCUCAGCGGGCCACAGGAAGGGACUGGAGUCCGGGGCUCAGGCUGCUCGGGGCUCUGUGGGCAGGAGGUUACAGCAAGAACUGAUGACAUUAAUGAUGUCUGGUGAUAAAGGAAUCUCUGCUUUCCCGGAGUCGGACAACCUGUUCAAAUGGAUUGGCACAAUUGAUGGCGCUGAGGGAACAGUGUAUGAGAAGUUAAGGUACAAGCUGUCGCUGGAAUUUCCAAGUGGUUACCCCUACAAUGCACCACAAGUGAAGUUUAUUACCCCAUGCUUCCACCCUAAUGUAGACAGUCAUGGAAACAUCUGCUUGGACAUUCUAAAAGAUAAAUGGUCAGCUCUGUAUGAUGUCCGGACCAUAUUACUCUCACUACAGAGCCUUCUGGGAGAACCAAAUAACGACAGUCCUUUGAAUGCACACGCUGCAGAGCUCUGGCAGAAUCAGACAGCAUACAAGAAGCAUUUACUGGAGCAAUACAAGAAGCAUGCCCAAGAAAAGGACAUUUGA